AUGGACGAGUCCAUGCGCUCCUUCGCCGAGAAGAUCUUUGCCUCCGAGGUGAAAGAUGAGGAGGUCAAGGGAGAAAUCUUCGAUGUGGAGGAGAUCUCCCCCAUCUCCCGGCAGGAAAUGAAGGUGCACAUGAUGCUGCAGGAGAGAAGUGGCACCACGGAGAAGCGGAAGAAGCACCAUCUCCGCUUGAAGACAGUUGCGUUGGCACUGCCCUUGGUUCAGAAGUCUGUCAGCAGCCUGUCUGCCAUGGAUGAGGUCAUCUCCACCUCCCCCCUGUACCAGACUGUGCCUACCUUCCAGAGGGUCCAGAUCAGUGGGGAUUAUGCCUCUGGGGUGACAGUGGAAGAUUUUGAGGUUGUCUGCAGAGGUUUGUACCGUGCCCUGUGCAUCCGGGAGAAGAACAUGCAGCGCUCUCUGCAGAGGUUCCCCAAGACCCCAGCCCAGUACCUGCGUGCCAUCGAGGGCGAGGCCUGGAGGCCGAGUGACACUGGCCCAGUGUUCAACCCGCCAGUGAAGGAUGGACAGGAUCCCUUUGAAACUGGGAGUCUCCCCGAGGACCUGGGAUACCACAUCCAGAUGAAGGAAGGGGUAGUUUAUGUCUAUGCUGACAAGGCAGCAGCUGAGAGAAAUGAGCCAAAGGACCUGCCCUACCCCAGCCUUGAGGACUUUGUGGAUGACAUGAACUUCCUCUUGGUCCUGAUUGCAAAGGGGCCUGUUAAGACCUACACUCACCGGCGCCUCAGGUUCCUCUUGUCCAAGUUUCAAGUGCAUGAAAUGCUCAAUGAGAUGGAGGAGAUGAAGGAGCUGAAGAACAACCCGCACCGGGACUUCUACAACUGCCGGAAGGUGGACACGCACAUCCAUGCUGCAGCCUGCAUGAACCAGAAGCAUCUGCUGCGUUUCAUCAAGAAAUCCUACCACGUGGACGCCGACCGCGUGGUCUACAACGCCAAGGGCAAACAGCUCACCCUGAAACAGCUCUUCCAGCAGCUCAAUCUGCACCCCUACGACCUGACAGUGGAUUCCCUGGAUGUCCAUGCUGGCCGACAGACAUUCCAGCGCUUUGACAAGUUCAACGACAAGUACAACCCCGUGGGGGCCAGCGAGCUGAGGGAUCUCUACCUGAAGACAGAGAACGCCAUCAACGGCGAGUACUUUGCCACCAUCAUCAAGGAGGUUGGCUCCGACCUGGAGGAUGCCAAGUACCAGCACACGGAGCCUCGGCUCUCGAUCUACGGGCGGUCAAAGGAGGAGUGGGCCAAGCUGGCCAGGUGGUUCAACACCCACCGGGUCUAUUCCCCCAACAUGAAGUGGAUGAUCCAAGUACCCAGGAUUUAUGAUGUGUUCAGGUCUAAGAAUUUCCUGCCCAGCUUUGGGAAAAUGCUGGAAAAUAUCUUUGUUCCUGUGUUUGAGGCAACUGUCAAUCCUCAAACCCACAAAGAGCUGAGUGUCUUUCUACGCCACAUCACUGGCUUCGACAGUGUGGAUGAUGAAUCCAAGCACAGUGGACACAUGUUCAGCACCAAAAGCCCAAAGCCAGAGCAGUGGACUUCUGAGAAGAACCCAUCCUACACCUACUACAUCUACUACAUGUACAGCAACAUCCUGGUGCUGAACAACCUGCGCAGGCAGCGUGGGAUGAACACAUUCCUGUUCCGCCCGCACUGCGGCGAGGCCGGGGCCAUCACACACCUGCUUGCAGCCUUCAUGACAGCAGAUAACAUCUCCCACGGCCUCAACCUCAAGAAGAGCCCAGUGCUGCAGUAUCUGUACUUCCUCGCCCAAAUCCCCAUCGCCAUGUCCCCACUCAGCAACAACAGCCUCUUCCUGGAGUAUGCCAAGAAUCCAUUACUUGACUUCCACCAGAAAGGGCUCAUGGUGUCCCUGUCUACAGAUGACCCCAUGCAGUUCCACUUCACCAAGGAGCCCCUCAUGGAGGAAUACGCCAUCGCCGCCCAGGUCUUCAAGCUCAGCACCUGUGACAUGUGUGAGAUCGCCAGGAACAGCGUCCUGCAGUGUGGCCUGUCCCACGAGGAGAAAGUCAAAUUCCUGGGCGAAAACUACCGGGAAGAGGGGCCCGAAGGCAACGACAUCCGGAAGACGAACGUGGCCCAGAUCCGCGUGGCCUAUCGCUACGAGACCUGGUGCUACGAGCUCAACCUCAUCGCCGAGGGGAUGAAGAACGCUGAGGUUGAGGGGCAAGAGGAGGAUCCAGCUCCUGUCCCACCACCCAAACCCUGUAGGACUUUCCGCUACCUGGCAGAAAAGGGUGCUGGUGGUUGUAGAGAUUCCAGUGCUACCAGGGAAGUUCCCCUGCAAAAGCAGUGUGGAAGGGACCUGGUGUCAUCCUCCAACAAUCCUGAGAAGAGAAUGGACAGCAGGAGGAUCAGAGGGAGAGCCCAGAGGAAAUCCUUUGAGUUUGAGGACAUCCAGGGCUUCCGCAGCCGGAGGGCAGCCACCAGCUCCCACAGACCUCGGGAGGAGACAAAUGGCACCACAGGAUCCAGGCUGGUCUACGCACAGUCAGAAGACAACAUCUACGAGGACAUCAUCUGUCCUGCAAAAGAGAACCCUUAUGAAGAUAUUGGAGCACUGCCCUUACCCCUCUGGAAGGUCCCAUCUGUCUGGAAGCUGCCCCCUCCCCGGAGCAUCAGCAGGGCUCCCAAGCCUCCCCCAAAACCUGCCUUCCUCAGCCGCAAGUCUCUUGAGCUGAAGCCCUCCCAGCCAAGUUUCCAAGGGAGGGUGGUGAAGGACACCUCUCUGCCCGUCACCCUGUCCGAGUGGAAGCUGUUCCGAGCAGUGGAGGCUGCCAGCAGGAGAAAGAACUUGCCCUGGCUGGUACUGAAAAUCCAGGAGAUCUUUGAUUCCAAGCGUGGAAAGAAGAAGGUGAAGCUGCUCAGUCCUGCUGGGAGAGAAGCACCUCCAGUGAAAGGUGAAACCAGUGGGAAUGAAAGCGAUACGGAAAAUCAGCCAAAAAGUCACCACAGGUGCCCACGGCAGGUCCAGGCAGCCUCCAAGAGGAACCCGCACUACCAGACCUUGGAGAGGGAUCUCAUAGAGCUGCAGGAGCAGCGGCUGUUUGAGCUCUUUGUGGUGGUGUCCCUGCUCAGGAAGCCAUCUGAGGUGACCUACACACCACAGAUCAUCCAGCAGUUCCCCAGCAAGCCUGAACAUCCCUUCAGACAGUCAAAGGAUACUGAAGAGAGGCUAAAGGUCAUUCCCAGAUUCUGCUUUCCAGAUCCCAAAGACUGGUUUCCUGCAUCAGACCUUAAAAGUGAAACGUUCUCCUUCGUGCUGACGGGUGAGGACGGCAGCCGCUGGUUUGGGUACUGCAAGAAGCUCCUGCCAGAAGGGAAGGGGAAGCGCCUGCCCGAGGUUUAUUGCAUCGUGAGCCGCCUGGGCUGCUUCAACCUCUUCUCCAAGAUUUUGGAUGAGGUGGAGAAGAGGAGAGAGAUGUCCCCGGCCCUCGUGCACCCGUUCAUGCGCAGCGUGAUGGAGGCUCCGUUCCCUGCCCCGGGACGCACCAUCACCGUCAGGAGUUUCCUGCCCGGAGCAGGGGAUGAGGUGAUGGAGCUCUGCCGCCCCUUGGACUCUCGGCUCGAACACGUUGACUUCGAGUGCCUCUUCCAGUGUCUCAGUGUCCCCCACACCAUUCGGGUCUUUGCCUCUCUCCUGCUGGAAAGGAGGGUCAUCUUUGUGGCUGACAACUUAAGCACUCUGUCUAAGUGUGGCCACGCUGCUGUUGCAACACUUUACCCCUUCACCUGGCAGCACACCUACAUCCCAGUCCUGCCAGCCUCUAUGAUCGAUAUCGUGUGCUCUCCGACCCCGUUCCUUAUUGGCAUUCUCUCCUGCUCCUUACCACAGCUCCAGGACCUGCCCAUAGAAGAGGUUCUCAUUGUUGAUCUUUGUGCCGACAAGUUCUUGCAAGAGGUAUCAGAUGAAGACGAGAUCCUGCCUCAUAAACUCCAGGCUGCACUUGUACAAGUCUUGGAAGAACGAAGUGAAAUCCUGUCACAUGGGCAGGGUGACACACAAGGGGACAUGACUCUGAACUCGCUGGUCUCUGAGGCUUUUGUGCAGUUCUUUGUGGAGAUUGUCGGGCACUACUCCCUGCACAUGAACGUCACGGAGAAGGGGGAGCGGGUGUUCCAGCGGGAGCCCUUCCGCAAAUCCCACGUGUCCCGCAACGUGCGCCACUUCCUGCAGUUCUUCAUGGAAACACAGAUGUUUGCAGGGUUCAUCCAGGACCGGGAGCUGAGCAAGAGCGUGGUCAAAGGCCUUUUUGAGGUCCGUGCCUUGGAGUAUUUGGAGACUAUUCCAGAGACGGAACGAACUGGAAUGAACAAAAUCCUUCGCAGCCUUGGCAACAAAAUGAAAUUUCUCCAGAAGAAGUGACCGGGCGCUGCUGCGGGACAGCGGCGGGACCGGGGCGGGGGAGCCGCCGGGCCCUGCCCGGGGCCGGGCUCCCUGUGCGGGGCGGGGGCUCCGUGUGUGUGUGUUUGUGCUGGGUUAACAGGCAUCUCAUGGAUCGAGAUCCAGCAGACGGAUCGAGAUCCAGCUCGCGGAUCAAUAACCAGCUCGUGGAUCAAUAACCAGCUCACGGAUCCAAA